UUUAAAAAAAAUAAUUUAAAAUAAUGGGUACUGCUGAUAUUGAAAACUCUUCUCUUAAGACUACGGAAAAAUUAUUGCAAACAUCUCUAGAAACUGUUAAAAUUUUGAAAAGUGUUAAGCAAUUUAAAAAAUCUUUAACUCCUCUCCACAAGACUAAAAAUCGAGAUUCAACAAGUAUGACGCCGACAAGAGGUGGACGAAGUUUAACACCUUUCUCCUUGUAUUUAAGUAGACAUAGCAGUGAUCCAAGUAAUCCAAAACAAUGGCGUAGCAUAACGCCCUUUAUAGAUCGAAAAAAUAAAGAAAAAACUCCGUUCGAACUUGGAAAAGAUAUAAGAGAUCAAUUAAUCGCUCAUAAGAUGGUUAUAGAUAGAGCAUCUGUAAUGGAUAUUACUGAUGAUUCAAGUUACGAACCCACGAGAUAUUUGGUAUCUGAUGCAGCAGUAAUAGAUAGGGCUUCUGUUAUGGAUAUAUCAAAUGUCGAAGUAGUUUAUUUAAUCGAAGAAUAUGAUGAAACAGAAAAGUUAGCUGUAGUUGAACAGGAAACUAAAACAAAAGAAAAGAAAAAAUCGAAACGUUCUAAGAAAUCACAGGUUGCAGAUGGAGAUGAAGAAUCAGGAUUUGUUGAGAAAGUAGUUGACUCUGAUGGAACUUCUAAAGCAAAAACUACAAAAUCGAAGAAAAAAACUGAAAAGAAAAAGAAAACUGGAAGCGAUAGUGAUGACGAUCUAAGUCCGUCGCCACCAAUUACUCCACCGAAAUUAACCCUUCAACUAGAAAUGGGCGGUGGUUCUAAAAUUAAUAAAAAAAUUUUUGAGAAAAAAGCUGCACAAUCGGAAAUUAAACCGCCAAUCAAAAAAGUAAAGCAAGAGAUUGAAAACGAAAAACCGAAAGUGGAAAAUAUGAUCAAUUCAACAAAUGAAAAAGAUUCGUUGUCUAAGACAAAGAAGAAAAAGAAAUCAAUAACUAGUCUCAACGAAAGUGACACAGGAUCUAUCAGAAGUCGAAGUAAAAAGGUAAAAAGUAGUACAGGAAGUACUGCUUCAAUAGUAUCUAACACUGAUUCCAGUAUAGACAGUGAUGAAAAAGAAACUGAUAAAUUAUCUGAAAAUACAGAAAUUUUAAACAGGUCAGAAGAAGAACAAAGUGAAAAAAGUGAUCUAUCUAGCGUUAUUGAAGAAGACUUAAGCAUUAAAGCUGAAAUAGAAGAGAAUGAAACGAAUCUUGUAAACGACAUUAGAAAAAAUUCUUUAUCUGAUAAAGAGUUAUCUUUUGAAAAAUUACAUACUCCAACACCACCGAGACGUUCACCUUCACCAGCAUUUCCUCCGAAACAAUCAGAAUCAUAUUACGAAAAAAUGUCUCAUAAAUACGGUAAAACUUUUUCAGAUCAAAUACGUGUUUUUAAUUCCAUAAAGCGAGAUAAACCUCACCAUCCAGCUUUUAUAAUUAAAUUAAAAGAUCUUUGUGUAACUGAAACAGAUAAAAUUCAAAUAUCUUGUGUAACAUAUGGACCAAAUUUAUCAUACAAAUGGUUAAAAGAUGAUAUUGUUAUUAGUCCUAGUGAUCGUGUACAUUUCAUUGAAGAUGAAAAUGUAUUAACUUUAGAAAUUUUAGAUUCGCGACCGAAAGAUACAGCUGAUUAUACAUUAAAAAUUUUUAAUGAAUAUAAAACAGUUGAAUGUGUUUCAUACGUUAAUGUUGCCGAAAUGGGUGGUUAUCAAGAUGAACCUUGUCCUGCUUACAUCGAAUCGAUAAAUGAUUACUUCCAUUUCAUUGAUGAUAAAUUAAUGAUCGAAUGCAAAGUGAAAGGAAUUCCUAGGCCUAGAAUAACAUGGUAUAAAGAAGAUAUGCAAAUCCAUGAUUGGAUGCCAGAAUAUAGUUUUAUUGAAGAGGCUCAUGGCAGAUAUAUUUUAGUAGUUAAUCACCCAACUGAACAAGAUAUUGGAGUUUAUACACUUGAAGUAGAAAAUGAUCGAGGUACUCAUAUAAGAAAGCAUUGUGUUCAAUUUUUAGCGAAAAGACCUGCAACUUCUUCGAAACUCAAUUAUAGAGCUUAUAGAUUUUUAUGUUAAUAUUGUUGUAAUUUUUGCAAUUAUAGUAUAGUAGUUAUGAUUAAUGGUAAAUAAUAAUAUUAAAAAUUGAAUUUCGACAAGGUGGAAAUAAUAUAAAUUUUUUUUAUAUUACGUUACGAUUACGAACUUAAACUAAAAAUUGCCAAGUUCUUGUAAUACCCAAGCAAAAUGUGUUUUAUUUAAGAUCGAACGAAUCAAAAAUAGAUUCUUUAGUAAGUAAUAAGGAUUAACAAUAGUUAUAUAUAAAAAUUUUGUU